CGGGCUGCGGCUCCUGUGGGGGUGGGCGGCGGGGAUGACAGCGGCGGCUGCCGCGGCUGCGGCGCGGGGCUGAGCGGGCGGCGAGCGAGCGGGGAGAAGAGGAGGAAGUGGAGCCGCGGUCGCGAGCGCCGGAGUCAGCCGGCGCGCCGAGGGCCGCCCAGUUUUGCAGAGCGAGCAGAGUCCGGACCCGGGAAGACUUCACGUCGGGCGCCGGCCGCCGCGGCUCCACGCCUCCUCGCCCGCGCCCCGCCUGCCCAGCCUGCCCCAGGCCGGCUCCGCGUCGGGACGCUCCCCGCCCCGCGGUCCGGGGCGUCGUGGCCGGGACGCCGCAAGCCCCGAGCCUGAACCGUGCACCGGCGCGGGACGCUCCUGGGCCCCACGGGGCCAUGGCUGCGGGCUCGUUCCCAGCCUCUCGGUAGCGUGCGUCGGAGCGCCCAGCCCUCCGCCAGGGGUUAACUUAGGGCGCCCCCAGCCUCCCGACUGAGUGCGGAGGAGCCGGCGCGUCCCCAGCCUCCGGUUCCCGAGACCCGAGCCUUCCGCUGCCUUCGACCCCGUGCUUCGGACUUGGGACCGUGCGAGCGCCCAGGAAGCCCCGGUCCGGGUCCAGCGCCCCGCGAGGGGUCCCCAGCGGGCUGGACAGUCGGACUGAACCGGUCUGGGCUGGUGCGGCGAGCCGAAGCGGCCACCUUCCUGCCGCCCCAGGCGAGGGGCUGGGCGCUCGCUCCGCGGAGAACACAGGUGGCCCCUCUGCCCCGGCGGCUGGCGAGACCGAGAGCUGCAGCUGGCCCAGUGAAGUGACAUCACCACCUCCGUGGACCCCUAGGAGCCCAGCUCACAGCCACUGGUACCUUCUUCCAGAUAAAGAAAAAAGGACCAGCUGGUGGCCUCCAUGGGCGCCUGAGGGCCUGGCGCCAGGACCCGGGGCACGAGCAUGGUGAGACACCAGCCCCUGCAGUAUUAUGAGCCACAGCUGUGCCUGUCCUGCCUCACGGGCAUCUACGGCUGCCGCUGGAAACGCUACCAGCGCUCCCACGAUGACACGACACCGUGGGAGCGCCUGUGGUUCCUGCUCCUCACCUUCACCUUCGGCCUCACACUCGUCUGGCUCUACUUCUGGUGGGAAGCGCACAAUGACUACGACGAAUUCAACUGGUACCUCUACAACCGCAUGGGCUACUGGAGCGACUGGUCAGUGCCCAUCCUCAUGACCACAGCUGCCGCCUUCACUUACAUCGCAGGCCUCCUGGUCCUGGCGCUAUGUCACAUCGCUGUGGGGCAGCAGAUGAACCUGCACUGGCUGCACAAGAUAGGGCUGGUGGUCAUCCUGGUGUCCACGGUGGUGGCCAUGUCGGCCGUGGCCCAGCUGUGGGAGGACGAGUGGGAGGUGCUGCUCAUCUCCCUGCAGGGCACAGCACCGUUCCUGCAUGUGGGGGCCCUGGCUGCCAUCACUGCGCUCUCCUGGAUCGUGGCAGGACAGUUUGCCCGUGCAGAGCGGUCCUCCUCCCAGAUGGCCAUUCUCUGUACCUUCUUCGCGGUGGUGUUCGCCCUCUACCUGGCCCCUCUCUCCAUCUCCUCUCCCUGCAUCAUGGAGAAAAAGGACCUGGGCCCCAAGCCCGCCCUCAUCGGCCACCGCGGGGCCCCCAUGCUGGCCCCGGAGCACACGCUCAUGUCCUUCCGGAAGGCCCUGGAGCAGAAGCUGUAUGGACUCCAGGCUGACGUCACCAUCAGCCUGGACGGCGUGCCCUUCCUCAUGCAUGACGCCACCCUGCGGCGCACCACCAACGUGGAGGAGUUGUUCCCGGAGCUCGCCCUCAGGCCUGCCGCCAUGCUCAACUGGACUGUCCUGCAGAGGCUCAAUGCCGGCCAGUGGUUCCUGAAGACGGACCCCUUCUGGACUGCCAGCUCUCUGUCGCCCUCCGACCACAGGGAGGCCCAGAACCAGUCCAUCUGCAGCCUAGCUGAGCUCCUGGAGCUGGUCAAGGGCAAUGCCACGUUGUUGCUCAACCUGCGUGACCCGCCGCGGGAGCACCCCUACCGCGGCACCUUCCUCAACGUCACGCUGGAGGCUCUGCUGCGCUCAGGCAUCCCCCAGCACCAGGUCAUGUGGCUGCCUAACAGGCAGAGGCCCCUGGUGCGGAAGGUGGCUCCUGGCUUCCAGCAGACAUCGGGCUCCAAGGAGGCGGCUGCCAGCCUGCGGAGAGGCCACAUCCAGUGGCUGAACCUGCGCUACACGCAGGUGUCCCGCCAGGAGCUCAGGGACUAUGCGUCCUGGAACCUGAGCGUAAACCUCUACACGGUCAACGCGCCGUGGCUCUUCUCGCUGCUCUGGUGUGCGGGGGUCCCGUCUGUAACCUCUGACAACUCCCAUACCCUGUCCCAGGUGUCUUCCCCCCUCUGGAUCAUGUCUGGAGCCCCCGUGCAGACCAGCCGUGACUGGAAGCUGGCCGCCGGCCGUCUGUCCACAGCCCCCGGACGAGUACUGUCUCAUGUGGGUCACCGCCGACCUGGUCUCCUUCACCCUCAUCGUGGGCAUCUUCGUGCUCCAGAAGUGGCGCCUGGGUGGCAUACGGAGCUACAACCCCGAGCAGAUCAUGCUGAGUGCCGCGGUGCGCCGGACCAGCCGGGACGUCAGCAUCAUGAAGGAGAAGCUCAUCUUCUCAGAGAUCAGCGAUGGCAUGGAGGUCUCCGAUGAGCUCUCUGUAUGUUCAGACAACAGUUAUGACACAUACGCCAACAGCACCACCACCCCUGUGGACCCCCGAGGGAGUGGCAGCCGCGCCAAGACCUUCACAGAUAGGGGUGGGCGUUAGCUGAAGACCUGUCUGUCCCCGCCUGUACCAAACGUGAGACGGGGGAACCCAGGAGAGCUGGCAGGAGCGGAUCUGGACCUGGAGUGCUCUGGGAGCUGGCUCCACGGCCUCCUCGUUGGCUCCAGCCCUUUGUCAGCCAUGGCCUUUCUUGGAGGGGGCACCUCGCUCCCCUGAGGCCCAGCUGGGCCAGGACUCCAGCCUCUCAGAUGCCCCUGCAGGCCUGGGGCUCCUUCUGGGAAGUUUGGGGCCUGGGGCCUGGUCCUCCCUGAGGCCCUCCCUUGCAUCGUGACCUGGAAGCUUUGAUGGGUCACUGGGCUGUGCCAUGCCCCGCUGUGGAUGGAGGAUGUAGAUGCCCAUGUGUGUCCAUCCUCCUGUCCAUGCUGUGAGGCAACCCACUUCUCCAUGUUUCUCCUGCCUCGAGGGCCUAGGCUGGGCCUCUGCCGCCAGCAGCUCUCCUCCUCAUGUGCGCCCGUCCGUCUCAAAGCACAAGGAGGGUCAGCCCAUGGGGAGAGCCUGCCACAGCGGUGCAGAUACUCCUCCUCCGAGCCUCCCUCUGGGCUGGCCCUGCCCGGGAGAGGGCCUGAGCCACGCCCCCGGGAGCAGCUGGAGACGCCGAAGGGCAGGCUCAGAGCUGCUGUCCUGUGCCCAAGAGCCCAUCAGGCCUCUGGGGCAGAGUGGCGGGGAGGCCCAGGAGAUCCACAGACUGACACGACCUCACAUCAGUGGCCACAGGGCAGGGGCCAUCUGGGAAGAGUGUUCUGGGCAUGGUCAAGGGUGGGCAUGUGGCCAAGGAGGCCUGCAGUGGAGGGAGCCACAGGGCUCUGGCCAAGAUGAUUAAAGCUGCCGUCUUGA